AUGUGGCUCAUCAACACCCAGACGCACAAACUUGAAGAGUUUACCGGCAGACAGAUUCCGCCAUACGCAAUCCUCUCGCACACAUGGGGAAAAGAGGAAGUGUCCUUCCAAGACAUGAAGGCCCCGAUGUUCUCAAUUUGGCAACGGGCCACCAGCAGAGCCGGCUUCGUCAAGAUCCUAAACACCUGCAGACUAGCUCACCAGCACAAGCUACAGUACGCCUGGGUCGACACAUGCUGCAUCGACAAGUCGAGCAGUGCUGAGCUCACUGAGGCCAUCAACUCGAUGUUCAAGUGGUACCGGCGCGCGGACAUCUGCUAUGCCUGGUUAUCUGACCUUGAUCCCUCCGCCGAUAUUGUCAGCGACUUCGACGGUAGCGGAGACCUGGGCAAAUGCCGCUGGUUCACGCGGGGUUGGACCCUCCAAGAGCUCAUCGCGCCUAGGGAAGUCGAGUUCUACGACCGAGACUGGACCCUCGUCGGCCGCAAAAGUGAGCUUGUUCGCCAGCUCUACGCUGUGACGGCUAUCGCCAUUGACGUCCUCCGUGGCGACGAGGGCGCUUUGUGGCGCACUUGCGUCGCCGAAAAGAUGUCCUGGGCCGCGGGACGGGAGACCACCCGUGUCGAGGACGCCGCAUAUUGUCUCAUGGGCAUCUUCGGCAUCAAUAUGCCUCUCUUUUAUGGUGAAGAGGAAAGGGCAUUUCGAAGGCUUCAAAACGAGAUUAUGCGCGAGAGCGACGAUGUGACGAUCCUUGCAUGGGAGAGAGCCCUACAUAUACCACCGCCACACCAGUCCUUCCGUGACGGCGAGCGGAUUCUCGGUGGUGUGCUCGCCGAAUCCGCAGACGACUUUGCCGUCCACCGUCAUCAAGGAAAGUUCUAUCCGCCGCUUGUCAGGCCACCGCCGCUUCAUGUCAUGAAGAAUUGUGUCAAAAUCGACACCGAGCUCGUCUGGGAAGUGUCUUGGAACAGCGGCCGCCAGUACUACCUAUGUUGCGGCUCUCGUGGCGAAGAAAACGUUGCUAUCCGUCUCGUCAAAGUUGUGGGCGGCUUUUUUGUCCGGGAGAACCUCAAUGAUUGUGUCACGACUUGUCUUGCUGCCGCGAACUACCACAACCGCCGGGAAUUCAGCAUGCUCGUCAAUGUCUUCGAUUAUCCAGUUUACCCUCUCAGUGCCGGGAAAUGGGACCUAGUCUCAGUGAGGUUCUCAUGCCCCAUUGAUGUGAAAAUAGUAGAGGCCUUGCCAUGGUCGAAAUGGCACGACGAGAAAAUGGAAUUCGUAGCAUACCCCACAAAAGUUUGCGGGUCGAUUCUCCUCAAUGUUUACCACAAAGUUUAUUCUAUGGACCCCCUAGAGAUCCCUCCCAGCACGGAAAUCGUUCUCUUUUUUAGGCCUUACGCGGCUCGCAAUGGAGAAUUGAAAGGAACCCUCCUUGAGCGCUACGGUGAAUUUCAGGCGAAAGUGGACCACGUCAAUUCUUUCUUGAAAUCCGAGGAGCCCAAUGUUGUUGUCUUUGACAGACUUCUCACGCGAAUAGGCUUGCCCAUGUCCAACAGGGUUAUGUUUGACGUGGGAACACCAAAUCGGUCGGCAGUAUUGUCGUACACCGUGAAGAAGUGUGCUGGAAGCUGGGAGAGCUGGGAAGUCGUGUUCGAGAUGGACGAGCUUGAGACGGCUAGUAUUUCCCCCGUAGAGUAUCAGAAGUGGUAA